AUCAUCUUGGCUAUCAUGGGUCCUUCGGCGGAUCCGGCUGUGGAUGUAGUGGUAGUGCCCGAACAAAUUUAGGGUCAAUCGGACGUUUUAACGUAUUGCGCUACUCAGUGCUAUCGUGUUUUUAGUCUUGCGAGGAUUUGAGUGAAAGCGCUCAGCAACCACCGUUGUUUCAAUUUUUUCGUGGACAAGCCGGGGUAAGAGUAAAAUCCAUUCACCAUGGACGCGAUCAAGAAGAAGAUGCAGGCGAUGAAGCUUGAGAAGGACAAUGCUCAGGACAAGGCCGACACCUGCGAAAACCAGGCCAAGGAGGCCAACCUCCGCGCCGACAAGAUCAUGGAGGAGGUCGCUGAGCUGACCAAGCGUCUCUCCCAGGUCACCACCGAUCACGAAACCUUCAAGUCCACCCUGGAGCAGGCCAACAAGGAUCUCGAGGAGAAGGAAAAACUGCUGACCUCCACCGAGGCCAACGUUGCUGCUCUUACCCGCAAGGUCCAGCAGGUUGAGGAAGAUCUGGAGAAGUCCGAGGAGCGCUCCGGUGCUGCUCUGUCCAAGCUGCUGGAGGCCACCCAGUCCGCUGAUGAGAACAACCGUAUGUGCAAGGUGUUGGAGAACCGUUCCCAGCAGGACGAGGAACGUAUGGAUCAGUUGAGCAACCAGCUGAAGGAAGCCCGUCUGCUCGCUGAAGACGCUGACGGUAAGUCCGAUGAAGUGUCCCGCAAGCUGGCCUUCGUUGAAGACGAAUUGGAAGUCGCUGAGGACCGUGUGAAGUCCGGAGAAGCCAAGAUCAUGGAGUUGGAAGAAGAAUUGAAGGUCGUUGGUAACUCGCUCAAAUCCCUGGAAGUCUCCGAGGAUAAGGCCAACCAGAGAGUCGAAGAAUUCAAGCGUCAGCUGAAGACCCUCACCAUCAAGCUGAAGGAGGCUGAAACUCGUGCCGAGAACGCCGAGAAGAACGUCAAGAAGCUCCAGAAGGAAGUCGACAGACUAGAAGACGAAUUGGGCGUCAACAAGGACAGAUACAAGUCCCUGGCCGACGAGAUGGAUUCCACCUUCGCCGAGUUGGCCGGAUACUAGAAGCAUCAUCCCUACGAAAAGCGUUUUGUACUUUUACUGUCCAGCACUGUUUGAUUUAGAACUUUUCCUCGUCCCGCAAAAGAACGGGACCGAUUUUCGACCCGGUCGCACUAUAACAUCAUCCUAUCAAAACAAAAUCUAAAACGCGAACGAAAGUGAGAGAAAGAGAGAGAAAAAUAAUUCAACGCCCCGAACUCCAAGAUUCGAACAUCAUCAAGCUUAAUAAUUCAUGUAUUAACAUAGGAAAGAUUAGGAAAUAUUUCGUAGAAUCAUUUGAAUCAGUAGGUAAGAGAUCAAAAAAUCGUUGCCAUUGAGCACACAGAACACGUAUUGUUGUUGUUGCAGUCACGGAACAGUUCAUGAGAAUAAGUAAUCGUAAUAAUCUAAUUAUUUAAUAUAGUUUUAUAUUGUAACAAAAAUAAGUUUGACUUCCCUUUUUUAGUAGAAAGAUUUGUCAUUAUUGCCAGAGCGAAUACAAGCAGCAGACGCAUACGCAGAAAUAGUGUUGGUGUUGAUACGUUACGUAACAUGAUAGCGUCCAGAAAAUUGAAAGGAAACAUGUAUUAUUUCUAUCUUUUAAUAAAAAAAUUCAAUCAAAAAUUCAGUCAAAAAGUAACACUCGAUGGUAGUCUCUGCCCCGAUUCGGCUCGUGUGUGGUCACGCAUGCGAGGCACGAGUUUAACUAGAACACUCUAUUUCUCUAUUUUUAGAAGAAACAGGAUGGAAACCUAUUUAUUGUAAUGAUAAGUUUUGAUUUAUUUUGUAUAAAUAAAAGUUACAUUCUAGCUAAGUAA